GCCUUCUGCGCCGAUCGUCCUACAGUCCAUCAUUCCGAAAGCCCAUGGCCUGUCUUGCGGCUCUGGUAGGAUCUUUCGUCUUUUUACAGACCUAGUGGUGGUACAUUUAUUCUCCGAUCCUUGAAUUGCUAUCUCCAAGGCAUUCUCAGUGUGGCAAUGCUGUGAAGCUGAUAGGGGGCCCUGGGAGGAGGCCGUCGCUUAGGAAAUUGGAGCAGUGCGGUACCUCGUGAAUUUUGCAUCGUGGUUCUGAAGUUGGGUCCCGAGGUUUCUGUGUGCAUUUGAGAAGGGCGAUCGUUUACUCUGCAGCGUGGGUGAGGAUGGCGAUGGCUAUGGCACCCACGCAUCUGUGCGCGACGAAGGGGGCACUAGGCAUUACGCAGCCAUCGUCGUCAAAAGACGCCCCAAAGUGUGGUGAAAUGAUGAAUGGCAUGGUGUCGUUCCAGGGACUUCGCACGACGGCGCUGACUCACCGGGUCGAGCAGAUGAGCGCAAUGUCGCUUGUAGGGAAGGUGAAGGCGCGCUCUGUGGUGUCACACCGGCGACCUGCAGCUGGAGCUCGGUGCUCCACCACGAAUGGCAGCGGUGGGCGAAACCACAGCGGCAUGAGCAUCAUUUUUGUGGCAGCUGAGGUUGCCCCCUGGAGUAAAACUGGAGGACUUGGUGAUGUUCUUGGGGGUCUUCCUCCCGCCCUCGCUGCGCGUGGUCACCGCGUGAUGACUGUUUCCCCUCGAUACGACCAGUACAAGGAUGCUUGGGAUACCAGCACUCCUACCGAGAUUACCAUUGGCGACAGGACCGAGAUGGUCAACUUCUUCCACACCCACAAGCGAGGUGUUGAUCGGAUCUUUGUGGAUCACCCUCUUUACCUUUCAAAGGUGUGGGGCAAAACAGGUAGCAAGAUUUACGGUCCUAGAUCGGGAGAAGACUACGAUGACAACCAAUUCCGGUUCAUGCUUCUCGCUAAGGCGGCAAUUGAAGCGGCCAAGGUGCUCAGCCUUGACAGCAAUGAGUACUUUAACGGCCCAUAUGGUGAAAAUGUUGUCUUUGUGGCCAACGACUGGCAUACUGCUCUACUUCCAUGCUAUCUUAAGAGUGAAUACAAGCCUGCUGGGCAAUUCGAAAAUGCCAAGGUGGCCUUCUGUGUGCACAACAUCGCUUACCAAGGAAGGUUUGCUUUCGCUGACUUUGAUAAAUUAGGCCUACCAGACAAGUUCCGGAGCUCAUUCGACUUCAUCGAUGGAUACGAGAAACCAGUGAAGGGUCGUAAGAUCAACUGGAUGAAGGCUGGGUUUUUGGAAUCAGAUUUGAACAUGACAGUCAGCCCCAACUAUGCUUCUGAAUUGUCUUCCGGAGUUGACAAAGGUGUGGAACUUGACACAAUAGUACGAAUGGAAGGAAUUAUAGGUAUUUGCAACGGGAUGGAUGUUCAGGAGUGGGACCCCUCGGCUGACAAGUACCUGGACACCCCUUACGAUAUUAGCACGGUCUUCGAUGCCAAGCCUGAGUUAAAGGCGGCGUUGCAAGCCGAGGUUGGACUGCCAGUUAGGCCAGAUGUCCCUCUUUUUGGAUUCAUUGGAAGACUGGAAGAACAAAAGGGGUCUGACAUACUGGCAGAGGCUGUAAAGGAUUUCCUGAUGGAUGAUGUUCAGCUCAUUGUGCUGGGAACUGGAAAGAAACAUCUCGAGAAGCAACUUGAAGAACUAGAUUCGUUAUUUCCUGACAAGGCUAUUGGAGUGGUGAAAUUCAACACUCCUUUGGCACACAUGAUCACAGCUGGAGCAGAUUUUCUUCUAGUUCCUAGUCGGUUUGAGCCUUGUGGUCUCAUCCAGUUACACGCCAUGCGCUACGGAACGGUGCCUGUUGUGGCAUCAACAGGUGGGCUCGUUGACACGGUGGAGGAGGGUGUUACGGGAUUCCAAUGCGGCAAAGCCUUCAACGUUGACUGUGAAGUAGUUGACCCAGCGGAUGCCGAACUGCUGUCGGCCACCGUGAAGAGGGCUGUCAAGAUCUACGGAACCGCUCAAUACAAGAAGAUGAUCAGGAAUUGCAUGAGCCAAGACUUGUCCUGGAAGGAUCCAGCACGCAAGUGGGAGGAUUCACUCUUGGGACUUCAAGUGGAGGGCAGUGGGCCUGGACAGGAGGGCGAGGAGAUUGCUCCCAAAGCAAAGGCUAACGUUGCAACCCCUUGAGUUCGACACACACCACCACUAGCAGCUUGCAUUCAUUGAUGUGCUGUACACGCAAAGUCGAGAACUGCCAGAUUCCGGCGCCUUCUUCGCGACGAUUAUUAUUUGUUUAACCAUUCAUCUUACUACUUGUCGGGGUCUGCAUUGACUUCAUAGCUGCUGUGGAUCCAAACGGAUGUAGAGCAUAGUGUAGGGGAUGAUGCGGAAAACAUCUGCUGGCGUCAAGAUCAUAGCUUUUGCAGCCAGAUUUAUUGAAUUUGUAGGAAUCUUGAGAGUUUGAGUGGUUCUACCUAAGACGGAUUUGGGUAAUGAGGAAAUGGUGGUGGCUAGCGCCAGCCAAAUCCAUGGUUUCGCUGCUUAACGGAAUCUGUUUUUUUAAUUUUUUUUCUUCACCGAUUCUUGGUUGUAAAACACAGUCCUUGUAAACCUGACACCUUGUGAUAAAUGAAUGCGAGUACAAUAAGUACUUUAGCGUAUACUGUUAGACUA